AUGACUCUUAAGAAUUUCUAUCAUAUUUAUUAGACUAUUUACAUGAAGAUCUUAAUAGAAUUUAAAGCCAAUAAAAUAAUUAAAAUGUUAAUAAAAAUAAUAAUAAUAUUAAUAAUAAAUAAUAAUAAUAAUAAUAAUAAUAAUAAUAAUGAAGAUUUAUUAGCUUUAAAUAGUUAAAUGGAAUAUCUAAGUAAAAAUUAAAGUAUAAUUAUUGAUUUAAUGUAAGGUUAAUAUAAAUCAAAAGUAAAUUGUUCUGUUUGUAAUUAUUCUUCAAUUAAUUUUGAGUAAUUUUUGAAUUGUACAUUACCUAUUCCUUUAUUUAAUUGCAACAAAAUCGAUUUUACUAUUUGUUUUGAAGAUUCUAACAAGAUAGAUAUGGAAGAAAGUUUUCUUUUUUAUAAAAAUACUAAUUUCUUUUUUAAGAGCUUUUACUUGUAUAUUUAAAGUAAAAAAAAACUAAAAAAAAAAAAAAAAAUAAAUAAAAGUGAUUAAGAAAUAUUAUAAAUUUUCGAUAAAAAUGACACUUUAUUAGAUUAAAUUGUAGAAAAUAAACCCGUUUAGGGUAAUAAAUUUGUUCUUUAUUAAAUUUAAGACUUCCAAGAAGAUAACAUUUAAAAAAUACUUGUUUUUAUAAAAAUGACAUAUAUAAAAUAAUAAAAGAAUAAAUUAUAUUCUACUAAUAGUUAUAUAAAAAAUUAAUUUACAUACCCUCGUGUAUUUAAUUUAGGUUUGAAUUUAAAUACUAAAGAAGUCCAUUUAAGGAUUUGGGAGUAUAUGAGUAAUUUUUUAGAUAAUAACGAAGAUAAAUAAGUUGAUUUUUAUGAAAAAAAAGUCUUAAAUAAUCCUUAAAAAUAUUAUUCUUUGAAAAUUUAAACAAAUUCGAAAGGAUUUUAUAGUUAAAUUUAAUGUUUUUUUUGUGGCUAAUUUACAUGUAAAAAUUGUGAUUUAGAGUUUUCCGAAAAUUUAAAAUUAAAGGAAAUUUAUGAAAAAAAUAAAAGUAUAAAUGAAAAUAAUUUAAUAUUAGAAAUUUUUUUCGAAGAAUAAAAUACCGAAAUAAAUAUAGAAAAAAUCAAAGAAAUUGACUUUCCUUUAAAUGAUGAUUUCGACCAGAAAAUCAUUUCAGAAUAAAAUUAAUUAUAUAAACCUAGAGAAAUUAAUAUAUAUGAUUGUUUUUCUUAAUUUUAAUAAAUAGAAGAAUUAAAAGAAUCUAAUCUAUGGUUUUGUGCUUUUUGUUAGAAAAAUUAAAAAGCAUUUAAACAAAUCAACCUAUAUACAACUCCUUAGGUUUUAAUUUUACAUCUAAAAAGAUUUAAGACUGAUUAAGAUAAAAUUACUAAAUAUAUCAGUUUUCCUUUAUAAAAUCUAGAUUUAAAGGAUUAUGUUUAAAAAUAAUAUACAUCUUAAUAUCCCUUUUAAGGAUAAGAUAUUAUUAUAUAGCCUUAAUAUAAACUUUUUUAGGAAAAAAAUAAACUAGUUUAUGAUUUAUAUGCUGUUAUUAAUCAUUAAGGAAAUCUUAAUGGAGGCCAUUAUACUGCUUUUGCAUUUAAUUAGGACAAAUGGUGGCUUUUUAAUGAUUCGGAAGUAAAAUAAGUUAAUGAGAAAGAUGUAUGCACAGAUUAAGCUUAUAUAUUAUUUUAUUAAAAGAAGAUUUGA